GGGGAAGGCGAGGUUUAGCCCAGACGCGUUCAGGCGCUUCGAGUGCCAUCCGGCACGAGGGACCAUCCUGAGCGACAUUUGAAUUUUGUGUGAUGGAGCUAAGUCAGCUACCCUCAGAGAUGGUUGCUGCCAUCGCAGACCUGCUGGGGGCGAGGGACAUAGCAGCUUGCUCAGGGGUCAAUCGCAGCUGGCGAAGGGCUUUCAACCUGGACAGAGUGUGGAGAAGAUAUUGCUCCUUCGGCCCUGAGUUCUACAAGGAUGAAUCAAACACGGUCAAACCGAGCUUUCAGGUUCCCUUCGUAGAAGGUGUGGAUCUCGAGCCUCUCUGCGAAUGGAGAGUCAACUUCCUGAAGGAGUCUUACAUCAUGAAGAAUUGGGAAAAAGUCAGAUUCUCUUCCGAAGAAGCAGAAAUACAUGGCAAUGUUUGCCUGUAUAUGAAAGAAGGCGUUGAUACUCGUGGUAAUCACUGGAUGUUCCUUUGUUGCACCUCCAGAGAAGGGCUGAGACUACAGGUGUGGAGUUUAAAAGACUUUCCCUGUUUACAGACGAGUAUGAAAAUGUACGAUAUUUCUAAAUUCAUUGAAGAAGCUGUGCAAAACGAGGCUGUGAGAUUCAAUCUUCACCUAAGUGGUCAGAGACUUCUUUUCAUCGUCAACAAUUUGAUAUCAGUUUAUGACUUCAGCCCUCCCCACUACAAGAUCAGUUUCUUAUGCACUCUCUCGGUCGUGCAUACUCAUCCGUUCUUUGUUCCCAAAAGACUACCUCAGUUACCAUCAGGAAGUGUGUGUGAAGUGCGAGUCGUAGAAAACCUGCUGUUCGCUGUCACUUACAUGGCCAUCCAUGUGUCUCAACAGUUCUCACCGUCGGUUCAUGUGUGGGACAUGGAGAAAUCUGUUAAAGUCAAUGAUCACUGUGUGUUUGAAUCAAAAGAAAGUCCUUUUGAAACUGUCGGGACCAUUUCUUUGACUCACGGGAUAUCUGAUUUCCUGAUCAUUACUCAGACUUAUGAUGUUAUGACUUCUGUAACUGUGAAGAAGUCAAGAGUACGGGCUUUCGACAUGAAGAGGUUCGAAUACUCUAAUUUUUAUGUAAAAACAAUGUCUCCGGUAAUUUGGAGCGCAGUUGCAGGAGAAGUUUUGGUGUUCUGUGAGCUUCUUAGUUCUCAAGAAAGAGAUUGUGUGUUUCACUUUUAUGAUUUACACUCAAAUAAGUGCCUUCUACAAACAAGUACCUACAAUAUUUAUGAUCCUGAAAAAAUAUCCUCUUCGGGAUCUAAAUUUGCUUUUAUAGAUUUGAACAGUGAAGUGAGAGUGUUUGAUAUAUUGACCCAAGAGUCAUUUGCAAGUAAACUCCACCCGUCUAGAAAUCGUCUUAAAACCCUGACUCUGGUCAAUGACCAUCUUUUACUUUUGGAAAGCAAAUAUAAAGGUACCAAGAGGAGCUUUGAAGAUGUACUUAUAACUUCUUAUGAAAUCUGGGAUUUUUUAAAUAAACCUAAACCUGUAAGAUUGGACAGAUGUUUUCGAUCAGUGAGACGAACAAAAUUCACAUUCAUGAAAGACUGUAGAGUUCCUCCAAAACUGCUUACUUUGGUACACCCACUGUACCGACCCAAUAUGAUAUACGUUGAUAGUUUUUGGUGACCAAUAAGUUUGGCAAGUUUUAAUCUCGCUCAAGUCUGUAAUAAGUUCAGAACACAACUGUGAUUAAAAGUAACCUAGUGGUUAAACGAAUUCGCUUGAUAUGAGCUGUGAUUUUUACUUUAUUACAAACUAUAAAACUUGAUAAAGCAUACAGUAAAAAAAAAAACUACUACUCUUUGAACCCACCCCUUAAGUAAUCCCAACGGUACUUGUACAGUAGAACCUCUUUAAUCCGAACUAAUUAGGAUAGGGGGUAGUUUGGACUAUUGAAUAGUUUGGAUUACAGAACACAUUGUUGUUUUACAUAAUAAUAGCUAAAACGGAUCGUAAUUUGUUACAGGAAAAGUGAAAAAAUGCUUUAUAAAGUAAAAUAAAUUGGUUAUUUAAUACAGUAGUAAACAUAGUGAAUAAACAUUACUGUAUAUUAAAUACAGUAUACAAUAAAGAACUACUAACUGUACUGUGUAUAGAGUACAACAAUAAGGCGUUCGGAUUACGGAGGUUCGGAUUAAUGAGGUUCUACUGUAAAUGAAAUAAUUUAGAACUACAUUUAAAGGCUUUGAUCAAGAAAGUGUUAAGGGUUUCAAUACAUCAUCCUGAAAUAUCAUCCAUUGUGGCUGUUUCAACUGAGAUACGAUACAAACUAUU